AUGGCAGACCCUCUUAGCAUUACAGCAUCGAUUGUCGGCAUAGUUGCUGCCGCAUCCAAAGUGUUGAGCCUCCUUGGUGAUAUAACCGAUGCGCCAAGAUCCAUCGCCGACCUGCUGAAUGAAGUGUACGAUCUACGGCUCAUCUUCUGCAAUCUUGAAUCAUUCAUUGACCGAACGCGACGAUUCGACCCAAGCCGACUAGCCCUUAUACAGCUUGGCGACCUCGUCGCUAUUCUCACCCGUACAGUCAUAACCUUCUCUGAACUCGAAUCUAUUGUGCGGCCGCUUUGUGACCGAGAAAAGCUGUCAACAUGGCAACUUGUGAGCUGGAGAUGGCAGCAAACUGCAGCCCUGCGAGUUUUGACUCAGCUUCAGCGACACAAGACAUCACUCUCCCUGAUGCUCCAGAUAUACCAAUGGCAUGUGACCUGCCCUCUAUGGUCAAGAGCUCUGCUGACAGCCGCCUCCAUUAGUGUGACUGACCUUGAGGCACGCCAGAAAGCCGGUGCACUCCGUGAUCAUCUUGAGCAGGAACUGGAUGAUAACCAGGGCUUAGCUGACAGAUUGGCUGGCAUGGAAUUGUCACCAGAGCUCGAGGAGAUGAGCACGGCGGUUUUCGACAUGAAUGAUGCAUCAAGUGCUCUUCAAACUCCCGGAGACAGACAGGACCCGACUACUGCCGAUCUUGAGCUGGCCAAGACUGGUGCGAUUAACACCGACCUCCCACUAAACACACCUCCAGAUCAGGCAUCGACCAAUGAAAGCGAAGAUGAUGAUGGCAUGACAGACUCCGAGUUCCAGCUAUCAAGAGCAUUCGAAGUUGUUAUGUUCCGAACCUGGGUAUAUCGUCGAAACGAAAGGGAAAUUGUAGACGGGGUCAGCACCAUCAACACCACGAGAUCGCGGGCAUGGUCGAUACUAUCCGGUAUUACACUGUCUAAAAUAUCAACGCUCUCGGUCGUCAACCUGCCACUGACGCAGCCGGAGGUUGAAAGAUUCACAAGCCUUGCAAGCAGGUCGCUUGAACUUCGAAAGCCAGCCCCUCCUACCAGGCCAUCGAGAACUGAUAUAGCGAUUGACCCACGGCUUGUAAAAGAGCUGGAAGCUUUCCCAAAACGCAGCCCGGCCUUUUGUGAAAUAAUCCCCCCGAGGGGUAAUUGGGUAAAGAUAAACCUUUCUUGA